GGCAGUACUUAAUAUUAUUUGCGAGUAUUAUUUUAAUCAGACUUAAGUAAUUACACAACCAAAGGACAUUCGCCACUGCUCUUCGUCUUUUCAGAUAUUUCCUUUCCUUCGCCUGAAAUCCUCUUCUGACUCUUGUCGGAAAAAGCAGAAGCAUAGAAAAUGGAGUCGAUUCUCAAGAAAUAUUUUGGGUAUUCUACUUUCCGAGACUAUCAGAAGACGGUUAUUGAGAAGAUUCUAGAGAAAAAGGACUGCUUGGUGGUCAUGGCCACUGGCAGCGGCAAGUCCCUCUGCUAUCAGGUACCUCCUUUGGUUGUGGGAAGGACCGGCAUAGUGGUCAGCCCUCUCAUAUCUUUAAUGCAAGAUCAGGUAAUGACUUUGAAACAACGGGGCAUUAGAGCAGAGUACCUUGGAAGUGCUCAAACCGAUACCAGUGUCCAAAACAAAGCUGAGAAUGGUCAAUUUGAUAUUUUGUACAUGACUCCAGAGAAGGCGUGCUUGAUUCCUGCCAGCUUCUGGUCAAAUUUACUUAAGAUUGGAAUUUCUUUGUUUGCUGUUGAUGAAGCACAUUGCAUAUCAGAGUGGGGCCAUGAUUUCAGGGUGGAAUACAAGCAAUUAGACAAGCUACGUGAUAUUCUCUUAGAUGUUCCAUUUGUUGGACUAACUGCAACUGCUACUGAAAAGGUUCGGAUUGAUGUGAUGAGUUCCCUGAAGAUGAAAGAUCCCUAUGUUGCAGUUGGUUCAUUUGAUCGUACAAAUCUUUUCUACGGUGUCAAGUCCUUUAAUCGAGGUCAACUAUUUAUUGACGAGCUUGUGCGAGAAAUUUCAAAGUUUGUAACUGGUGUUGAUUCAACUAUUAUCUACUGCACAACAAUUAAAGAUGUUGAGCAGAUAUUCAAGUCACUUCAGGAGGCUGGAAUUAAGGUUGGAAUCUAUCAUGGUCAAAUGGAUAACAAAGCUCGCCAGGAGUCCCACAGAUUAUUUAUACGAGAUGAAUUGCAUGUCAUGGUUGCCACUAUAGCUUUUGGCAUGGGUAUUGAUAAGCCAAACAUAAGACAGGUGAUACACUAUGGUUGCCCAAAGAGUCUAGAAUCCUAUUAUCAGGAAAGUGGGAGAUGUGGUAGAGAUGGGAUAGCUUCUGUCUGCUGGCUUUAUUAUACAAGAAGUGACUUUGCAAAGGCUGAUUUCUACUGUGGAGAAGCCCAAACGGAAAAUCAAAGAAGAGCUGUUAUGGAGUCAUUGAUGGCUGCACAACGUUAUUGUUUGGCAACAACUUGCAGAAGACAGUUACUGCUUGGCCACUUUGGAGAAAAAUCUUCAGCUGCUGGAUGUGGGAAUUGUGAUAACUGCCUUACCUCAAAGAAGGAGCGUGAUUUGUCUAGAGAAGCAUUUCUUCUAAUGGCUUGCAUCAUAUCAUGUGGGGGUAAAUGGGGCCUGAAUAUGCCUGUAGACAUUCUUCGCGGUUCUCGAUCAAAAAAAAUUCUUAAUGCUGAGUUCGACAAGCUUCCACUUCAUGGACUUGGGAAAGAGUACUCAUCAAAUUGGUGGAAAGCACUAGCUCACCAAUUAAUUUCUAAUGGUUACCUGAUGGAGACUGUAGCUGAUGUAUAUGUAACUGUAAGUGUCAGUUCAAAAGGAAAGCAGUUUCUUAGUUCUGCUAGACCUGAUUAUCAACCACCCCUAUUUUUGCCGGUGACUAGUGAAAUGGAAGAUGAUGGGGAAAAUAAAAGUGCAUCACGCGAAGUUGAAGACUUCAAAAGUUUUGCUACUUUGAAACGUGAGGGAUUUUCAGAGGUUGAGGCACAACUGUACCAAAUGCUUUUGGAAGAGAGACUGAAGCUUGCAAGAAGCAUUGGAACUGCACCAUAUGCUAUAUGUGGUGAUGAAACAAUCAAAAUAAUUGCACUGACAAGGCCAUCUACCAAAGCCAGGCUUGCAAACAUUGAUGGUGUUAACCAACACCUACUAGUGAAACAUGGAGAUCAUUUACUUCAGAUUAUUAGGAAUCUAUCGCAAGGACUAAAUCUUUCAUUGGGUGGGGAAGCAAGCCUACAGACUUCUACAACAACCAAGACUACUGUUACAAAUCAAGUGAAUUCGUUAACCAACAAACAGGAGAAGCUUUCGCCGGCAAAAUGUGAAGCUUGGAGAAUGUGGCAUGAAGACGGUUUCUCUAUUCAGAAAAUUGCUAACUUCCCUACUAGACCGGCUCCUAUCAAAGAACAAACUGUUUUAAAUUAUCUCCUAGAUGCUGCCCGGGAAGGAUUUCAAUUUGAUUGGACCAGAUUCUGUGAUGAAGUAGGACUAACACGUGAAAUAUUCUUAGCCAUUCAGGGUGCCAUUUUAAAGGUUGGCACCACAGAGAAGUUGAGGAGCAUUAAAGAUGAAUUACCUGAAGCUAUAAGUUAUGAACACAUCAAGACUGUUCUGGCAAUGCAAAACCUAGGGAUCUCUCCAGAACUAAUUCUGCCCAGCAACCACAAUACAUUAAAUGCCGAUCAACUUCCCAACAACGUGUCAGAGUAUUCACUGAUUUCCACCAGUACAUGCCACAUGGAAGGACCUUGUGAAGUUGAAACCUCAGUCAAGAAUUCAAUUGGUCGUUGUAGCUUUGGGAAAAUUGAAGAAGCAGCUUCUGUUCCCUCCACUGGUGGUCAGGGGCCAAAGCUAUCCCUAGUCCAUGAUGAGGAUACACCCUUAACAAAACGCCAAAAAGUCAGUGAACUAGAUAAAGGAAGUUUGAUCCCAUUGGAGGCAACAGAGCGUUCCAUUGUAGAAUGGCUUAAGAACUAUGCUGAAGGGGUUACUCUGUCUGAAAUUCUGGAGCACUUCAAUGGAUUGAAAGAAGAAUCUGUGCUUGAUUUACUAAGUUGCCUUGAAGGUGACUUUUUGAUAUAUAAGAAGAACAAUAUGUACAGGGUUAUGUAACCAAAGAGAUAUUGAAGGUUACUGUGUCUGAUUCUGGAGCACUUCAAUGGAUCGAAAGAAGAAUCUGUGGUUGAUUUCCUAAGUUCCCUUGAAGGUGACUUUUUGAUAUAUAAGAACAAUAUGUACAGGGUUAUGUAACCAAGAGACAUCACAAACUCUGUAAGCAUUGUUUAUAACCUGGUAUAGAGUUUCAAUGACUAAUGAGUUUGUGAUAUUCCAGGAUAA